AUGGGGAUGCGAGAUCCCCUCCUCGAAGCGAUGGCCGAAGUCAAGGUCAACGCCAACCAACUCCGCAAACAAGCCAUCAAGGCCGAAACAAUGUCCCGCUCACAAGAAGAUAAAGCCACCAAAGCCCUGAAGAAGGGCCAGUUCCAAAUCUCACGCAUCCAUGCGAGUUCCGCGAUUCGCGAGAAACGCCGCUCCGUCACGCUCCUCUCCAAAGCCGCCGAGGCGGAUGUGAUUUAUUCCGAUCUCGCGGCCGCCAAGUCCACACGCGACUCGACGCGGUCGUUGGCCAAAGCGUCCAAGGCACUGGAUUCGGCGAGUAGGAGUAUUAACCUCGAGCGGACGCUGGCGAUUGCGAAUGCGUUUGUAUCCAGGUCGGAGGACUUUAAACUAGCGGGCUCGGCGUUGGAAGGGGUGUCGAGGGAUGUACAAAUGUCGGAGUAUGGGGCAGAGGGGGCGGACGAGGAGGUUGACAGAUUGAUGGAGAGGCUGGCGGAUAAUGCGGGGGUGGAUUUGAGACAGAAUUUGGAGGAGAAUGCAGCCCCGAAUGAUGACAUUGGGGUCAAGGCAGGAAAGCAGAAGGAGACAGAUUUUGAGGACGGGUUGGCGGGGAGAUUGAGGGCGUUGAGAUCGUAG